AAUGGGUAAGGAGAUCGUAAAUGGACAAUGUAGAAAGAAACCUAUACUUUAUUACCCGUUUUCUAUGCGCGGAAAGCAAUACUAUUAUGGCUUGAACCAAUCUAAAAAGGAUUGGUUCAUACAGGAAUUCAAACCAAGUGGCAAAAUGGGAAGUGUACAUGCACUAGGUCUAUGGGAACAUUAUUACCAUGUAGCGUUUCCCUUUACAAUCGAUGGUGUUCAGUUCAUGCAUUUUUUAAAUGAUAAGAAUUAYAUUGUACGAAAAGUAAAACAAACUCCACCUUUUUGUCCGGUUCUAGUUAAUCCACAAUCAUAUUGUAGCGAGGAAUCAAAACUGAAAUGCGGUCCUUUAUAUCCCCGAGUAGAGCGAGUAAUGAACUAUGGUGGCUCCAGUGAGGCCUGCACUGAUUUCAAUUUCAUCAACGAUUACAUAGCCGAUAUCAUGAAAGAUGACUACUAUGUAACAGUAAAGAUUAAUGAUCGCAAAACUGCCAUCAAGUCCUAUUCAAAGUUAAAGAAAGGUGCAACAAUCAACUUAACUGUAGCAAUGAAUGCUGAAAUAUAUCGGGAGCAUUUGACCAGCGGAAAGCCGCCAGACUCUCAAGCCGUACGUGAUCAUGUACGAAAAUUGGAACAGGACGAAAACGAUGAAGCUGGUCAUCUAUUGGCACCGUCUUUAGGUGGUACUCUACAGGCGUAUAAUUUUGUGCCACAGAGUCCUAUGAUUAAUCGAAAACUGCUGGUGGCUGGUAAUAGCAUACGUGCACCACAACGGGGUUGGUUCGAUGUAGAGGGCUUGAUACGCAACUAUGUAGCUGAAAUUGGCGGCCAUGUAGGUUGGCAUCUAGUCAUUUCAUACGGCAACUUGGCAAAUUCACUGCGUCCUACCGAAUUCUGGUUGUUGGUGAAGUUUUAUGAUGYCGCUGGCAAGCUAACAAACUGGGGRGCGAAUAAAGCUAUCACCGGUUAUCACUUUCGCAAUGUACCCACCGAAGCAUGUAAAGAUUUGAAUAGUACGUGGUGGAACAUACCCUAUUGACGACGUUUCUACCACUUUAUGUGAAGUAUUUUACUUUUGUGAGAAUAAAUAUGUUCAUUUGCA